UGCGUAUGCGCAGUCGCCAUCUUGGAGAAAAGUUUAUUGUACAUACGCGUCACUGUCUUCCGAUUCGGCGACGGAUUUGUAUCUACAAAUUUACGCUGGUGAAUUUUGAAUCGUGCUCAUCGCAAUUACAGUGCAGAGUUUUGUCUUUGAGCAUGAUUGUGUUCAACAUCCAGACUAUUUACGUAGUGGAACUUUUUUGGACGACGAUUAUCAACAAUUACGAAAACUAGACGAAAGCUACGCGACUCAUCUUUCCAGGCUAACCUUAUUUCAUACUUUCUUAUUUUUAUAUAAUUAUUUGUCUAUUCUGUUUUGUUUUCUCUUAUUUUUCUUCUACUUUUAUAUUUUAGAGCUUCAUAAUGCCACCUUUGAAGAAAGACUUAUCCUCUUCAAGAUGUGUUGUUCCUGGUUGUACUUCGGUGUGCCUACAAGUCGGAUCUCAUUGCUUCCCAAAAGACUUGGAGUUAUCAAAGGCCUGGGUAGAAGCAGUACGCAACCCCAUGUUGUGGGACAUCGAUUCAUCGAUUUUAAAUAAAAAUUAUCAUGUGUGUAAAUUACAUUUUUCCUUGAAAGACUAUAUACCUCGUACUACGAAGGCAAGACUAAGGAAAAAUAUAGUACCAUCAUUGCGUCUAUCGGCUGAUGUCGAUAAAAAUGUUACUACAAGUGCGACUGUAGUAACAGAUGAACAAUGUGCAGUAUCCUCGAGUGGUACUGAUAAUGUGAAUGCGAGCGAUGUGAGUGCUGCUACAAGUGCGAAUGUAGCAGCCCAUGAACAAUGUGAUAAACCUUCGGCCGCUUCUUCUGCAUCACUUGUCGAACCAUCGACAAGUGGUCCACCUGCUAAGAAAGCCAGAACUAGGAUAGUUUCAAGAGUUACACAUCCUUCUUCAAGAUGAGGAUAAGGAAGAACUCAAUUGGUUAACUUGUGCUGAACAUGCUUCUGUAGCAAAACUGAAAUUCAAGAAGUUUACAGUUUUGUUGCAGAUUCAUGCUUUUUGCACAAACGUUAACAAUAUUUUGUUAGGGAAAGAAAUUAGGUACGGUAAUGGUGCUAAUAGUAUGUUUCGGCAGGUUAUUAUAUACAGAUCCACCCACAGUAAAUGCACCCUCUGAAUUGCAGAUAGUGCAUACAUUUCUUCGGCAUGUAUAUAAACACUCUUCUCGUAAAUAUUUUAUAUAGAAUGCAACAUACGUUGAGGUAAAUGAUGUUUUAUUCUCACUUUCCUUCAAGGGUGCAGCCUGCAUUGAAUGUAAGAGAAUAUACGAUCUCCAGUUUUCAGUCUAUGAGGAAUUCUACAUUGAAUAUAGUGUACAUAAAUAAUGUUAAGAUCACAGCAAUCGCUCUUAACCUUUAUUAAAUUAAAGCUGCUGUUUAGCUAUAUAUAUUGCAUGACGUCACAAGCGAGAAAACGUAUUUUUCGUUAUUCUCCUUCAUUUCUAAAUGAUUUAACAAAAUCUUUGAUAAGCCCGCUUCGUUAUGCGAUAUGGCUGGCGGCUCUUCUCAAUUUAGGUGCGAAAAAUGUCUCAAUUGUAAGAAAAAUGUACAUAAAGAAAUCGUGCAUUUCUGACCUGUCAAAACAUCAUGGGCGCCGCCAUUACGACCGUUCACUAAAUCCCAUUUUUCUACGAAUCAGGACACUCAUCACACUUAAAUCGA